AUGCUGGAUGUGAACAUGCACUAUGCUGAUCCAUUCCAUCUGCAAGUGCCCCAGCUAGACUCUCUACACCUCCUCUCACCACCACCCUCUCCGCCGGUCGGAUGGGAGCAUGUGGUUGAGCCUAUCCCCACGGUGGACCAGGCUCUUGUGUCG